AAUGUAUUCUCGAAAGCAGAGGACUAAUGACACAAGAACGAAUUAACAUGGCUGAGUCUCUUACAGAUAGCGAUCGUUUGAUUGAAUCAGUGACUUGUGCAAUAUGUAUGAACGUUUUAAACGAUCCAAGAUGCCUACCGUGUAUGCACACCUUUUGCAUGGGGUGUAUUCAAGAUAUUAUGGAUCUUAGAAAGGGCGAAGAACACUUCCCGUGUCCAAUUUGUCGAGAGCCAUGUUCGAUAAUGGAAGGAGCUGUAGGUUUAAAAGCCAACUUUUUUGCUCGGUCCGUUUUGGAAGCGAUUAAUGAUCGAACUGACGUUGCUGAUGUAAAAUGUGACGUAUGUCGUAAAGGAGGUUCAAAUGUUCCAGCAACGUCCAAAUGCGUAGAAUGUAAUGAAAAAUUCUGUAAAGGCUGUGAGCGCACACACAGAUUGUCGAGGUUCACCGAACAGCAUCAAGUUCUUGGUUUGACUGGAGACAAGUCACUGGACGAAAAGAACUCGAUCGCUCUGUUGUCGAAACGAAUUGUGUAUUGUGAAAGGCAUAAGAACGAGGCAUUGAGGUACUACUGUAAGAGCGACGAACGCCUUAUCUGCCAAGAUUGUUUCGCAUAUGAUCACCAGGGUCACGUAUUAAUGGACAUUGAAGAAACUGCGAAAGCCAACAUGAAGAAAAUGAGUUUGGUCAUUGAUCUUGGAAAAAAAAGAUCAGAUGAAACCGAAAGCGCCAUUGUUGAGAAACAUGCUUACAAACAAUUCAUCGAAAACAAUAUGGAAGAUGCAACAGCUCAGCUCGACGCAGACUUACAAGCAACACACGACAAGGUGGAGGCUCAUUUUAAGUCCCUGAAAGUGCAAACUAUGUCUAUGGGUCAUGCCGUGAUUAAGAACAUAAUAGCCGGUUUGGCGGAACUUCAAUUUGACAAAGAUGCUAUUGACGGCACCGUAAAACAGCUCGAGAAUUUACAAGCUCAUGGAAAUCAUGCAGACAUCGUUUACAUGGUUCCUGAAAUGACAUCAAAACUUGAGAGCUGGUCUACGCCUUUAGAUCUAGGGUCUGAACAAGCGAUGGCGCUAGCUGUUAUACCAAGUCGUAUGACCGACGAUAACAAUGUGACAUUGGCGAAAGUUGAGUGUGAGGCACUUGGAAAAGUCAACUCCAACCCCCAUAACAUGUAUGAAUUAAACGAUGGAACUGAGACCGGAACGAAAUAUGUUGAAAGAAGCAUCGAUAUAGACGACUUGCGUUCUAUUGCUGUUUUUCCAAAUGACGAAAUCGCCGUUAUUUUAGGUGAAUCAGUGCGAUGCUAUGACAAAGAAUUGAACCUGAGACGUACACUUCCCAUAAAGUUCGAGAAGAAGAACAUUCCAUAUGCUGUCACAAAUGAAAAUGGUCUUGCCUUGUUGAUGAAGGGGUCGUUCCUCUCUAAGCGUAGCGUUCAAAUAUAUGAUAUUUCUGGCGACCUUUUCAGAAAGAUUUCAGUCGGUAUUAAAAGUCCACGAGAUAUUGCAAUGAAGGCGGAUGGGGAUUUCCUUGUGUUAACAAGUGAUGGAAAAAUUAUCGAGGUCGCUUCGUCCAGUGGUGACAUUUUAGAAACGUAUUUGUUGCCUGGAUCAUUCGACGAGCCGUUCCGCAUCGAUGUGAAUAGUUUAGAUGAUGUUGUUGUCAGCGACAAGUUCUACAUACGACAUUUUUCUAAGUCUUGCAGCAACAAGUAUGAAAUUUCAUUUUCAUUUUCUGCUAUAAUUUAUGGAUAUUCGGAAAAAAAUGAAAUAGAACGUUUCGAUAAAUUAAAGUCAUUUGGGUUAUUUGACAGUCAAAACGAUGUGGUUAUAUUAAACGCACGGAACAACAAAGUACAGGUUAUGAGCUCCAGAGGUCGCAUCAAGACAACAUUGAUAAAGAAGAGUAGGUCAGAAUGCGUGUUGUUUGAUAUUGCAUCAGCUAAAGACGGGGCCAUCGUCGCCGGAGUUGCAUAUCAUACAACAACUGGUCAGAAAACUGGUAUCAUAACAUUUCAAUAUAGAUCCGAUGACGGCGAACUCAUUUGACUCAAAAUAUGUCAUAGAAACUUAUUCAUUUGUUGUCGCAUAUUCAUUGUUACACAAUGAUUCCAUGCAGAUGGACAAAUACAUGAACUAAAGGUGGACGUGUGGUUGGCACCUGUUUAGGCAUGCGGUGCGCGCGAGUUUUAUCUACUCGAGGGACUGAGUUCUUCAUCCAGAGUUCUUAUUCUGUGUAAACUUUAUUAAAAUUAGGUUCAAACGCAUACGUGCAUCGUAGCCGGGCCCAUAACACAUUCUAAGUAUCUGAUCA